UUCCAGUUCUGUUGGUUCAUGCCAAAAAGUUUCGAACAGUUCUCGGUAGUUCCAAGGACCAAACAUUUUGUGAUGCAAUAAUAUCAAAUUGUAAGUUUAUACGUUGUUUGGAUUUGAAAGGUUCAAGUAGGAAGUUAGUAUCGAAUUCUAUUGGCAAGUUGAAACACUUGUGAUAUUUAGACCUUUCAUCGAAUUCUUAUCUCAAGUCACUUCCCAAUUCAGUUACGAAUUUGGUGAAUUUGCAAACGUUGAAGCUCAAUGAUUGCUCAGAUCUCAAAGAACUACCUAGAGAUUUUGAGAAACUCAUCAACUUAAGGCAUCUUGAACUUUCUUUUUGUGAUAAAUUAAAUGCUUUGCCAAGUGGACUAGGUAAGUUGACACAAUUGAGAUACUUGGAUCUUUCUUGGAAUGAAAGUCUAUUAUCACUUCCAGAUUCAAUGAAUGAUUUGUUGGAUUUGCAAACAUUGAAUCUCAAUAGAUGCUCAAAACUCAAAGAGCUUCCUAGAGAUAUUGGGAAACUCAUCAACCUUAGGCAUCUUAAAAUCUCUGAUUGUGAUAAAUUGGAGUAUAUGCCAAGUGGAUUGGGCAAGCUAACUAAUCUCCAAAUAUUAUCAAUGUAUGUGCUGAUGAAAAGUGAAAAAUCUAUACCAAGGCAUGGUGGUGAGCUAAAGGAAUUGAUGGGAUUGAACAAUUUGAGAGGCGAAUUGGAAGUUAUAAAUUUGAGUUGUGAAAAAAAUGUAGCAGUGGAGUAUGAGAAAGCCAAAUUAAAGGAUAAACAAUAUCUUCGAUCAUUGACAUUGGAGUGGGAUUCUGAAGCUGAAAUCGAUGAAACCGAGGCUAUUGUUGGUUAUGAGAUGUCAUUAGAAGGUCUCCAGCCACACCAAAAUAUUCAGAAUCUAAGGCUAACAAAUUAUGGGGGUGUUAAGCUCUCCACCUGGCUCUCAUCACUUACAAACCUAGUGAAGUUAACUUUGAAAGAUUGUUCAAAAUGUGAGUAUCUCGUUCCAUUGAAUCAAUUCAAGUGUCUCAAGCAUUUGACACUUGUGAGGUUGAUAUGUUUAGAGUACAUAUCCAACACUAAUAAUGUCAGUGAAGACUUGGUUGGUUCAACAACAACAUUGCUACCAUCUCUAGAGACACUUGAGUUGUUGGAUUUGCCUAAUCUAAAAGGAUGGUGGAGAGAGAUUGAAGUUGAUCAUUCUUGUUUUGAUGCAAAUGCAAAUGCAAAUGAUUGUCCUAAGUUGACUUGCAUGCCACUUUACCCACGUUUGGAAGGAGAAUUGGAACUGAGGAAGACUAGUUGGAAGCCAUUAGAAGAGACACUAAGAAUGGGGUUGAUGAUGAGCAGUAACGUUGAAUCUGUAUUCCCAACAACUCCUUUCUCACCUCUCUCCAAAUUAGAAAGGCUGUUUCUAAUAGACAUUGAUGAUCUAGAAUGUCUUCCAGACUCCUUCAAGAGCCUUGCUUGUCUCAGUCGCUUUCAUAUUGAUGGUUGUCCUAAAUUGAAGGAUUUGUGUCCUGUUAUUCUACAUCUCUCAUCACUUCGACAUUUGUGGAUUUCAAGAUGCGAGAGGUUAGGGGACAUGCUGAUAAGUGAAGAUUAUGACUCUAUGUGGCGAGCCCUAAAUGUAACACUCCAAUCAUUAGGACUAUGUAAGUUGCCAAAUAUAGUGACUGUUCUUCCUAUGGGUAUCCAACAUCUUACAAUCUUACAACAACUUGAAAUUUACAAGUGUGAUAGUCUAACAACAAUUUCAGAGUGGAUCAACAACCUCAAAUCACUUAAGAGUCUUUGGUUAUAUGACUGCCCCAAUCUGACAUCAUUCCCUGAAGGAAUUCGAAGCCUCACCACUUUGAACCUGUUAUAUAUUAAACAUUGUCCCAUGUUAUUGAAGAGAUGCAAAAGGAAUACAGGUGAAGAUUGGGAUAAGAUUUCUCAUAUAGAAGACUUGACCUUAAUUCCAGAUCCAAACAAAGAAGAAGAAAAUGAGAAUACAAAGGGAUGCAACCUCUUGAACAAGUUUAGGCUACGCAAUACAAGAAAUCAAGGAUAGAUUAGAUAUAUCAUAUAUUUUGCAAAUCCCUUCUGCAAUAUGUACAAGUUUACUGUGUAUGCAGUUACU